AUGUCGGAAUUUAGUCAGAAUGGUUCGUAUCUCCUGAUUUUACGGUCGUUCUGUGCUCACAGCAGACUAGAUAAAGACUUCGAUCUCAGCAUUCGCGAACUCCGGCGAGAGUCUUCUCCUAUAUCGGCGCCGGUUUUAUCUCUUUAUGCAGAUAACGAAGAUGGUGGGCUGGAUUUACCAAAUGUAGCAGAGCCUGGGGCCCAUGAGGCUCAAGGACCGCUCUCGGUCGAAUGCUUCUUCCACAGCAACUACGAGGACCAGUCGGGCUUCAAGUGGACUGGUCCGCAUCCUCUCUCCAUAUCUACUCUAACCGAUGACCUCUUCCUUUACAUUUCAGCAUUUUUUCCUUCCGAGGAGGUCUACUGGAUAGAGUUCCGACUCGCACGAGUUGAUCAAUCAACCGGCGAAACGGUAGGAGAGCAUCUAUUCUUCCUGCCAAGGACUGAAACCAUCAUGGGAAACUUGCACCGGAUGCGUGAGCAGGUGGUGGACAUGGUCUCCCAAACUGCUUUUGGAGCCGCAGCCCCGUUUUUCCGAUUGUCUUUGUGGCCGCGAAUGGAACCUCUGCCUUAUUCUGGUCACUCGACCCUUUCCCCGCUAGCAACACUACCCAUGAUGCCAUCUCUGGAUCCAUCAUUUUGUGUAAUCUUCCGGUAG